GAGGAGACAACAACGUUAAAGUCAACGAGUCGUGAACGCAUCCUUCCUCCAAACAUGGGUUGCUAUGACUGCUGUAUGCGCUGUUUGGGUGGAGUGCCGUACUGCUCCCUGGUUGCCACACUGCUGUGUUUCUCUGGCAUUGCCCUCUUCUGUGGUUGUGGGCACCAGGCACUCACAGAGACAGAGAGACUCAUUGAGACUUACUUUGCUCGUAACCUUCAGGACUACAUCACCCUUGCCUACAUCAUUCAAUAUUUCCAGUAUGUCAUCUAUGGUUUGGCCUCCUUUUUCUUCCUCUACUGCAUUGUGCUGUUGGCAGAGGGAUUCUACACCACCAGCGCUGCCAAGCAAACCUUCGGAGAGUUCAGGAGCACCAUGUGUGGCCGCUGCCUCAGCUCCUCGUUUAUAGUGAUGACAUAUGUACUUGCUGUGCUGUGGCUGUUGGUGUUUGCCUUCUCCGCCCUGCCUGUGUACUUCUUCUACAACAUGGACGCCACCUGCCACACUAUUGACGUUCUGACUGAGACGCCAGCGAGUAUCAACCAGCUCUGUGUCGAUGCCAGGCAAUAUGGGCUCCUGCCAUGGAAUGCAGUGCCAGGAAAAGCCUGUGGCAUGACCCUGUCCACUGUUUGCAGGACCAGAGAGUACCAAAUGACCUAUAACCUCUACAUCGCUGCCUUCAUCGGCGCGGGCAUCAACCUCUUGGCUCUGCUCACCUAUACUGUGUCGACCACCUAUAACUUUGCCGUUCUGCGGUAUCUGGGGAGAAAGGGAAUAGGUGCACGGUGUUAGGCUCACCCACUUCCUGUCUGCUUUGUCACCACCAGCAAGGGGCUGUAAAGGGAAGACAACCAUUCUCUUCUUCCAAAUCAUCUGCACAGAACCACCAUGAAUUUAUGAAAAUCAUGUCUUUUAUAUUUUUACUUUCCUAGGGAAACAUGUUUUUUAUAUAUAUAUAUAUAUACAAUAUAUACAUUUUCCUUUUUUGUGAUGUGUUUUUUUUUCACCAAAUAUUUGUAAAUCUGAGCUCUUGCUGAGGUUAGUGUCUCAUAUUAAUUUCAGCUUCCCAUCGCAUUAAAGUUGUGUCACUCCUCUAACUAACUAAUUAAUAUUUGCAAGAAAUAACAGACCGCCAACUGGCAAUACAUGUGCAGCUUCAAUGCAGCUGUUAAUAGGGAUUAGAGGUUGCUGUGGCUACCAUCCCUCACAUCUGGUUGCCAUGGUGGCAGACAAGUGUGCAUUUGCAGUCUCAUGCUGACCUCGAGACUUUUCUCACGGGCUGGAGAGACGCCUCAACAAUGGAGUCAUGCUUGUGUUGAAAGCUAGCCAAUAAGGAUCCAGCUCCGGGGGCCACCUGCACCACGGGUCUCUGCCGAGGGUUGUAUUGCAUGUCAAAGGAGAGGGUGCUCUGGACAAAGAGAGGUUAGACCUCUCUGCAACCACAAUGCAGAUCUUCUGGGGACCACAACCACACACAACCACACACAACACAUCCACAUUCUGCUGCAUUACCACGACCCCCCAUAGAUAAAGGAAAUGAUGGAUUCUGAGGGAAUUCCAGGUUGUCUUGAAUAGUUUCUUUCUAACAAAGGGACAUAUUUGUUAAAUUCUGAUCUAGAACGGUCUAAAAUUGUUUCUCAUAAUUUUUGAGAUGUCAAACGCACUCGGUGCUAACUUAGAGUGUCCUCUUAGUCGAUGCAUUGUUGAGGUGUGUGACUCCUUGGAUCUGCAUUUUCACAGAGACGGGACAGCUUUGUUUUGUCUCUCGUACUUUAUUUAGGAUUGAGUUGUAGUUAUUGUAUAACAGUUAUGUUUACUCACUGUAGAUGAAUUUAAAAUGCUUUUACAUUACUUAUGACUAACAAAAGCCUUUGUAACAUAAUCAGUAGUUUAUUCUAUUUGGUUGAAGCUUUAUCCAGCUGUGAAUGGUAGGUUUAAGUGCCAGUUGGUUGUUUGAUGACGUUUUUUUGUGUGUGUAUGUGUUUGUAUAAUUUUUUUUUUUCUAAUAAAACAGAAUAUUCUUUAAAGUUGUUGUGCAGAGUGGCUAUAAAGUCCUGAAAAUGUAGUAGGUGUUUCAUCCUUGGCUUCCUGCCACAGUUAUGGGCCAAGGUGUUUUGUAAGGUGUGUUGUAUUCUCUCCUCUUGUGUCCACAGGUGCACUGUGUCCUGCAAUUGGCAGUGAACCAGGUGUACCUGAGGAAGCGGAGGCGCAGGGCGAAAGACGAGUGGAAAGGCUACAACCUAUGUGGGAGGCUGGAGAGGGACGCAGGGGAAAUUCUGUCUUCUCCAUACCCUGCAGAGACAUCAUAUGUGUCCUGUUUUGCUGCCGACACUUUCAGGGAUAACCAUCAGAGAUGAAGUGGUCAUGAGAGUUUUAUUUUCUACUUUUGUGUUAUAGCUUUGUAGCAAUUGUCAAAAAGAUUCCCUUCGUUAUGUUUUCAUUAAGGCUAUUCUACAUGAUAAGUUGUGAAACGGUACAAAUACAGUUGGAGUGUUUUUCUUUGUUACUGUGCAUAACCGCUGAAUAUUUUGUCCUUAUUUACUCCUGUAUUUGACCAAUGUCUGAAUAUAUCAUAAACAUCGAAGACUUUAAAAUCUAUCUUUUGGAUAGGGAAAAACACAUCCUGCCUAGGAAAAACUAAACAGUAUGCAGUGCAUGCUUGAUAUCAUUUUUAAUGAGGGGGGGAAUAAAAAUGCAGUGCAUGCUUGAUAUUCUUUUUUAAUGAAGAGGAAAUAAACAGUGCUCACUGUCUCA